AUGGUCCGCCCCCAUCCAGCUGUAUGGCGAGCCAUUCAUGGCAUUGUAUUGGUCUAUAUGAUCAUCCUGGUCAGCCUGCUUGUUGUCCCUCCCCGCCUCGGCAUUCAAGCGGUCCACAUGCUAUUCCCUGAGCUCCAUGGUGGACCCCAGGCUGUACUGACCAACAUCAUUGAUGUCGAGCCUGCCAGUCACGACAGUCUCCUUUCCUUCGAUCACCUCCAGUGUGGUCUGACGGUGGGGCACGUUAUCAGGAGUAUGAGUAGCAUAUGGUUUGCUGCUCAUGUUGUUGGGUAUUGGGCCAAGAUGUGCAUCUUCCGCGACUGGCACAUGUGUUGGACAUAUUCAUUCGCUUUCGAGUUUGCCGAGCUAGGGCUGGUGUGGCUCGUCCCCGAGUUCCAAGAGUGUUGGUGGGACUCCCUACUGAUGGACGUCUUCGGGGCCAACUUCAUAGGGAUGUGCCUCGGCCGUCUUACGUUGUAUCAUCUGGAAUGCCGAGCUUAUGUUUGGAAUCUUCACGACCCGGAGAACUCCCCAAAACAUGGCAGACAACUGGGUCGCAAGUUCAAGCGCGUCAUGCUACAGUUCACUCCAUAUUCGUGGAGCCGUUACGACUGGCCUCUGGAUGCCUCUCAUUGGAGCCUCACUCUAUGGUUAAUUGAACUUGCCCUUCUUACUCAGUGCUUUGUGCUGGAGAUCAACUCGUUCUUCCUAAUCCACGCUUUUGCAUUGAGACCAUCACACAUCUUCUCCCCAGUUCGGCAGUUGGUCCUGGCCCUUCACGGUGCGCAGGCAGUCCCUGAGUGGUAUGAGUAUAUCAAAGGCCACACUCGACGAAUUGGUCACAACGUGUGGCUAUUGAGUUGCGUCACAGUACUGGAGUCCAUCGUUUGCCUUCGAUACGGCAAGGCAACCCAUCCAUUCUUCACACAUCGUACCGCGCCACCGAGAGGAGACUUUAUCGCUUGGGUCAUUCAGGCCGCUUUCUUCUCCGUCACACUGCUAUGGCUGGCCCUCUAUCUAGCCCUCUACAAGGCCCGUCCACUUGUUGAUCUACCUUUGUGGUUGAAAGGCUUGAGUUAUGAAGCCGUGGAAGAUGACAACACAAAAUACAAGUAA